AUGAGGUCCCUUCGCACGGUAUCAGUCGUGGGAUGUCACGCCGAAGGAGAGGUGGGCGAUGUCAUCGUGGGAGGCGUCCUAGAUGCCCCUGGAUGUAGUUCCAUGUACGAGAAGAUGCAGUACUUCUGGACCAAGAAGGACAGUCUUCGCAAACUGCUUCUCAACGAGCCUCGCGGUCGGUCGUCGAUGAAUACGAACCUUGUGUUACCGCCCUGCGACCCUCGUGCAGACGCGGGCUUCUUGAUCAUGGAGAGCGACGAAUAUGCACCUAUGUCCGGAUCUAACACGAUCUGUACCGCGACCGUCUUGUUAGAGACCGGCAUGAUACCGAUGCAAGAGCCAGUGACGCAGUUCAAUCUCGACACGGCGGCCGGCUUGGUCGGCAUAACAGCCGAGUGCGAGGCUGGGAAAUGCAAAUCCGUCGCUUUCGACAAUGUUCCGUCCUUCGUUUUCGCCCUGGACAAGCAAAUACAUGUGCCUGGGCUGGGAGUGGUUUCGGUCGAUAUUGCCUGGGGCGGGAUGAUGUUCGCUCUUGUCGACGCGGGUGCAUGCAACCUCACGAUUGAGAACAGUCAGGGGCCUCAGUUGAUUGAGCUUGGGGAACGGAUUAAACGAGCAGUUCAAGCCCAAUAUACCCCGGUGCAUCCGGAAAACCCAGCAAUUCGCGGUGUGUCAAACUUCGGAUGGACCCAUCCGCUCCAAGACAACGGGGCGGACGGUAAGGCCGCCGUCAACACGGUCGUGGUAUCUCCUGGAAGAUUUGACCGCAGCCCUUGCGGGACAGGGACAUGUGCUCGAAUGGCAGUGCUACACGCGAGAGGACAACUCCAAGUAGGCGAGACGUUCCGCCACAAGAGCAUCAUCGGAACCGAGUUCGUCAACCACAUUCGAGGCACGACCAAGGUGGGUGAGUACGACGCCAUUCUACCCACUGUGAAGGGGAGAGGCUGGAUCACCGGGUUCAAGGAAAUCGUGCUCGAUCCCACAGAUCCGUUCCCAGAAGGAUUCAGAGUCGGUGAUCAAUGGCAUGUUUAG